AGAGAUAAAAAUUAACAAAAUACAAACCAUAAGAACUCCUACAAUUUCAAUUUUAAAAUAAUAUUACUAUUAUUAUCUAUACGGUAUACCUAUGAGUAUUAUUAUUAAGUUAACUUGACGCGUUUUUUAUUUUACUGAAUAAAAACAUUGUAAGUUAUUUAAUCGCACUAAUGGCAUCUAGAAAUAACGCUCAAUCAUCGGCACAAACCGACUCAUGGCACAAACAUAAUUUGUAUAGAAAAAAAUGCAAAGACAUGAAAAAACACAUAAAAGAUACCGUAUUUGAAAAUGCAGCUUUAUGCGAUGAAAUAGCUCGUGUCCAAGAAAAUUUAUUGAUUGUUCGAGAAGAAUGUAAAUUUUUAGUAAAAAAAGUCAAGCAGUUUGAACCACAAUUUGACUUAGAAGCAGCAAAUCUCGAUUCCAGUGUCGUGAAAAAACCUUCAGCAAGAAGAAAGACUAAUCCAAAUGGUGUUCCCAAGCCAAAACGCCCAAGUUCAAAACGAAAGAAAAAUAUAGAAGAAGUAGAGGAACCAAUGUCGAUUGGCCUUGUUAAAAUUUUUAAUUUUGGUCAAAUUACGUACGAUACACCAUUUUUUCACACAGACUGCGCAGUCUACCCAGUUGGAUAUUACGCAACUAGAACCUACGCUCAUUACAGAAAUGUCAACUUAAAAUACGUUUAUCAUUGUAAAAUUACAAAAGCCGGUUCGUGCCCAAGAUUUGAAAUAAUAGACCAGGAUAACAUUUUUAAAGUGUCAGGCUUAACUGCCGAUGAAUGUCACGGCCAUCUCAUAUCGUUAAUUAAUAAAUCGCUCGGUACUGAAGAUUUAGUGCCAUCAUAUAACAAUGGGGAUUUAUUUUUUGGAUUAACCUUGCCAUUAGUACGUUAUAAGUUGCAAGAAAAGACUGAAAUUAAAUUCUGUACAGGAUAUGUUCCUUUACCCCCUCAGCCUUUGAAUUGCAUUCCUGAUGAAUCAGAUGAAAAUGAUCCUUCGGUGAGCUUUGACGGACUUCAAGCUUAUAUUAAAAAGUUUAUAACUAGAAAAUCAUAAACAUAUUUGUAUUUUUAAUUUGUUACUUUAAUUUAUUUAUAGUAAAAAAUAAAACAUUAGAACAAUUAUUAGUAAUACAAGUUAAAACUAAAAUAUCACAAUUUGUGCACAACAUAUUGUGAAUAUAAUUUUAAUAAUUAAUUUACGUGAAAUAUGUUCUUUUUAUUUGCACAUAUACUGUAAAAAAAAAAAAGUAUAAUGUCUUACAAUAUUAACAAUAUUUUACCUUCUCUAGCACUGUAGAACAGUAAUAGAUAACUGGAUUUUUUAAUAAUAAUGUGAUUAGCAAAAUUCUUUGGUAAAACAAUAAACAAUAAAUCAUAAACAUUUAAUUCUCAUUUUAAUAUUGAUCUAUUUUUGAAUAAAUUUAAAGCUGCUCACUGUAUCUGUCGACUACCAUCAGUUAUUGGUCACAGCUUAUCAAAAAAUUGUGUAAUUUAUUACUGGCCAAUUAUAAUAUUAUAAAUUAUGAUUAUGAUAUAAAUUGGAAGUUACAGUUUGGAUAAAAACAUAAUAUU